GGAAUUCGUCAGAGCUCUUCCAAAGCGUCUCAUUCCCCAGCCUCUUCUCCCUAGCCUUCUGGUUAGCCUGUUGUUUGCCUCGACACAAAGUUCGUCCCUUGUCUCGGCAAACAUUCUCAUGCCCAGCCUCCUGACCCCGGCGCGGCACUUGGGGCCAUGGCCCUGCUGCCCGGGCCCGCGGAGCGACGGGGCGGCGGCGGCGGGGCGCGCGCCCGGCACGUCAUCAUCAACGUGGGCGGCUGCCGCGUGCGCCUGGCCUGGGCCGCGCUGGCCCGCUGUCCCCUCGCGCGCCUCGAGCGCCUGCGCGCCUGCCGCGGCCACGACGAGCUGUUGCGCGUGUGCGACGACUACGACGUGAGCCGCGACGAGUUCUUCUUCGACCGCAGCCCGUGCGCCUUCCGCGCCAUAGUGGCGCUGCUGCGCGCCGGAAAGCUGCGGCUGCUGCGCGGCCCGUGCGCCCUGGCCUUCCGCGACGAGCUGGCCUACUGGGGCAUCGACGAGGCGCGCCUGGAGCGCUGCUGCCUGCGCCGCCUGCGCCGCCGCGAGGAGGAGGCGGCCGAGGCGCGCGCGGGGCCGGCGGAGCGCGGGGCGCCGGGGAGCCCGGCCUGCGCCCCGAGACCUGGCGGACGGCUGGCGCGCGGCCGGCGGCGCCUGCGCGACGUGGUGGACGACCCGCGCUCUGGCCCGGCCGGCAAGCUCUUCGCCUGCGUGUCCGUGGCCUUCGUGGCCGUCACGGCGGUCGGCCUCUGCCUCAGCACCAUGCCGGACAUUCGCGCCGAAGAGGAGCGGGGUGAGUGCUCCCCUAAGUGUCGCAACCUGUUUGUGCUGGAGACGGUGUGCGUGGCCUGGUUCUCCUUCGAGUUCCUGCUGCGCUCGCUGCAGGCCGAGAGCAAGUGUGCCUUCCUGCGGACCCCGCUCAACAUCAUCGACAUCUUGGCCAUCCUGCCCUUCUACGUGUCGCUGCUCGUGGGCCUGGCGGCCCGGCCCGGCGUGGGAGGCAACAAGCUGCUGGAGCGCGCGGGGCUGGUGCUGCGGCUGCUGCGGGCGCUGCGCGUGCUCUACGUGAUGCGCCUGGCGCGCCACUCGCUGGGGCUGCGCUCGCUCGGCCUGACCGUGCGCCGUUGCGCGCGUGAGUUCGGGCUGCUGCUGCUCUUCCUCUGCGUGGCCAUGGCCCUCUUCGCGCCGCUCGUGCACCUGGCCGAGCGCGAGCUGGGCGCGCGCCGCGACUUCUCCAGCGUGCCAGCCAGCUACUGGUGGGCCGUCAUCUCCAUGACCACCGUGGGCUACGGCGACAUGGUGCCGCGCAGCCUGCCCGGGCAGGUGGUGGCGCUGAGCAGCAUCCUCAGCGGCAUCCUGCUCAUGGCCUUCCCGGUCACCUCCAUCUUCCACACCUUCUCGCGCUCCUACUCGGAGCUCAAGGAGCAGCAGCAGCGCGCCGCCAGCCCCGAGCCCGCCCUGCGCGAGGACAGCACGCGCUCCGCCUCCGCCACCGCCACUGAGGAAGACGGCUCACAGAGCCCCGAUGGCGCCGGCUCAGCCGGGGCCUCCUCAGAGGGGCUGUGGGCACGGGCGGUGCCGACCUGACCUGCGGGGACAGUCGGGGGCCUGGGGGCGGCACCGCGUCCUCGCCCCCCUCCGCUCUCAGAGGGGCGGGACGGCUCCUGUCGUCAGCCUGCAUGUUGCUGGACCUGCGCACAACGGAACUUGGCCCGGGCCUGACCGGCCUGACUCGGGGGUCAAAGCCAUCCUGUGCUUGGAGUAAAGA